AUGGCAGCCGACCCCCCUGGAUUCCUCCAGAUCCCAACUUCUCCGAUCAUGAACCCCGAAGACAUCCCCCAUACGACCCCAGCAGCCACACCGCGAUCUUCCGACGGAUGGUCUCGACCAAACAAUCGUGUCCGCGUCACGCGUGCUUGCGAUCGGUGCAAGAAACGCAAAGUGCGAUGUAACGGCGAGCAGCCGUGUCGUGUGUGCGCGGAGGCAGCCGCGACCUGCUCCUACAGUGCCCCAUACACCAGGGGCAGACGACGUGCUGUUCGGGUGACCCGAAGCAGACCCCAAGACCCGGUCGCUAUAAUCCCCCAGACUCAAGCCGCCAGGAGUAAUCACAUCUCUUUCUCCGCUCAAGAUGGGCAGCCAAUGCCAUCACUACCGGUACCGCCUGGCCAGCCGAUCUCGCGUGCGUCACCAGAACCCCCGGAGACAGACCUCGAGGGGAACUAUGUCGGUCCUUCAUCAGGCAUCGCAUUCAUUUUUAGAGCUCAGGAACGGUUUGAACGGCCCGUGUUGUUUCCGCGGGGCUUUUCUGUCUUCAAUUUCGGGGAUGCCCCGCUGCCGUACAAUGAAGCUUCCUACUCGUCUCUGGAUCCCACCGUGCCCUUAUUACUCGACCGAGGGGAUACUGUACGGCUAGUUCGGAGGUACUUUGACUUUGCGGUCCCUGUCGAUCGGUUCCUGCAUCGGCCUACUAUUGGGCGAUGGUUCGAUGAGUUCUAUCAGACCAAGGGUGUCAUGCAUGAUAGGGAUGCUGCACCUGCGCGCACAGCCGUGCUGUUCAUGGUCUUUGCCAUUGCGCAGGAACAUACUGUCGCGAAGCCGUCCCCGGCUGAAGCUGAUAUUAGUGGACGAUACUUCCAAGCGGCAAACCACCAGCUGUCGAAAGAGCAAGGACCCGUUCGACUCGCAAGUGUCCAGGCUCGGUUGUGCCAAUGUCUCUGGCUUCUAUCCCAGUCGCGAAUCAACCACUGCUGGAGUCUGUUUGGGACCGUUGCUCGGCUGAUCUUUGCCUUGGGCCUGCAUCGUAAUCGGCACGCUUACUCGAAUUCCAUGACACAGAUAGAGAUUCAAUGCCGGCGCAGGACAUUUUGGAGCGCCUACAGUCUUGAUAAUUACCUCAGCACAGCUCUUGGGAGACCACGAACAUUCAAUGACAAGGAUAUUGACCAGGAGCUCCCUGCUUGUCUCAACGAUGAAGAGAUACAUAGUGGCAUGGACGUGUCCGGCCCUUCUAACCACGAACUAUCUGCCAUGUAUGGGCCGGUCAGCUAUGCUAAACUAUCGCAAAUACUAAGUGGCAUUCUCACCGACCUCUACUCUAUCCAGCCGAUGUCCAUCAUCGAACGGUUCGACCAAACCGGCAAGUACAUGAACGAGCUGAAAGCAUGGCGGACCCAAAUGUCCAGCUUCCUCGACCAGGACAUUUCCAACUCUGCACCAUUGAUCCCGAUCUAUCAGCGACAGAGAAAUGUCCUCAAUCUGGCCUACUGGCAUACAGUAAUCCUUACCAAUCGGCCACUCUUGCUCACAAGUUUCGCAAGGUUGAAAAGUAGCACCCGUGGCCCACGACCGGACCGGAAUGAGCGAACAGCACAUUUCCAAGAGAGUAUUAAUGAGUGCCUGCACGCUGCCAUGGAGAUAGUUGGGAUUGUGAACUCGAUGAUUCAAGCGAAGCAACUCUUCCGAGCAUUCUGGUUCACCCCCUACUUUGCCUUCUCCGCGUGCGUUAUCUUGUACGUGCAUACGAUCCAGCACAGCAACGAGCCAGAAGAUGUAUACCAGCGAUACUUCUCAGCCGCGGAGCGUUGCCAACAGCAAAUCGCCGAGAUAGCUGAGGUAGGAUCACUAACGUCGCGGUACUGUCUGGUCUUGGAAGAGUUGGGCGCGGAGGCUGUACGCCAAAUGACCCCGGGACAUCUGGAGGCUCACUCUGUACAGCUCUAUCCUGCAUUGGAAACGACCGGUACAGAGCCGAACGGUAUGAGCUACAAUGGCGGAGGUAUGCCGGCGGGACUCUCAGCAUCGAUUUCGAACCUAGUAGCAUUGCAACAAUUGGAUGACUUUCACGUUAGUCCUAGUGCGUCUUUGGAAGACCUGACGGGAUGGGGGCAAUUUGAGUCGAUGGAUUUCUCAGCGGAAUACGAAGACAUCUGGAGUAUAACGAAGGAGGCGGAGAACUAUUCUAUCCGACGGAAGAUUGUAGCCAAUCAGCACACUGUUUGCUUUCCGUCGGGAACCAACCGCCCCUCGGACCCCGCGUGGAAUUUGCCCGAGUUUGAAUCAGCUUCAUAA